GACCAGGGGCCGGUUGCACCAGCUGUGCGUAAGUUACAACGUAGCCUAGUUACGACGUAAAUGGGCACUAAGUUACAACUUACGCACUACUAAAUGUUUUUGCGUUGCACCAUUAAACUUAGUUUAAACGUAACUAUACGUUGUAACUAAAUAUUUACGGAAGCCUCUGUCCAUGAAUAGCGGUCGGAAUAAGAUGUCAGCCAGAGUAGAUUAUAUCGAUGAGCUCGUAAUUGAUCAUGAAGAGCCGCAAGUUCGUCAACGAGUCUUACGAGACAGACAUCAUCCUUUGGAUAUUUAUGAUGAUGUCGACAUAUAUGCUCGUUUGCGCUUUAAAAGAGAGGGAAUAAUGCGGAUAACAGACUUGAUAGCGUCUGAUAUUCAGCACGACACAGAGAGAAACGGCGCUCUGUCCCCAAGCCUUCAAGUGUGUGUCGCCUUACGUUUUUUUGCAACGGGAUCAAUGCAAAAUGUAAUAGGCGAUUGCAUUCAGAUUCAUAAAUCUACAGUUUGUAGAGUGAUCCGCAGGGUGUCACUAGCCUUGUGUCGUCACAUGAAUAACUACGUGUGUAUGCCAAGAAUAAACGCACAAAAUACGAACAGGCAAAAAUUCCAUGCCAUUGCCGGUUUUCCUGACGUACUUGGCUGUAUUGAUGGGACACAAAUCAGGAUAAAAGCACCCACAGUAGAUGAGAAUGCGUUUGUGAAUAGGAAAGGCUUCCAUUCCCUAAACACCCAAGUCAUCUGUGACCCGAAUUUAUGUUUUUUAAACUGUGUUGCGAGAUGGCCAGGUUCAAAGCACGACAGUUUCAUCCUAAGAAGAUCAAACAUCUUUGAUAAAUUUGAUUCUGGGGAGUAUCGUGGGAUUCUGCUGGGUGAUUCUGCCUACCCACUUAAAAAGUGGUUGAUGACACCAUACUUAAACCCUUCCACACAGGCAGAGGAAAAUUUCAAUUCUGCACAUACCAAAACACGGGUAACAGUGGAAAGAAGUAUAGGUGUAUUAAAAAGGAGGUGGUCAUGUCUUCACAGGGGAAUUGCAAUGGAGCCAGAGAGAGCAGCAAAGGUGAUAGGAGCAUGCAUUGUAUUGCAUAAUUUGGCCAUGCUGUGGAAAAUGCCAAUUGAUGAUCUGGGAGGUGAAGAGAUUGAGGAGGUCCCACAGGAAGAGCACUGCAGACAAUUUCAAGACCCAGCAGUGCAAGAGGGUGUAACUGCUAGGCGUUUCAUCACACAGAAUCAUUUCACUUAAAUUACACUAUAACACACAAUAGUCCUUUUUAUUUAUAAGUCCAUACACAAAUUAUUUACAAUAAGUAAUCCUUUUUUAAACUGUAUUAUUUUCAUAGAUUAUUUUAAAUUAAUACAACUGUAACUUCCAUUCAUUGAAAAUAUUUAUUCUUUUCAAAUUUAUUUAAUGGUGUCUGCACACACAUAUUCAAUAGCAGUAUACGUUGUAUUAAGGUACAAGAAUAAUACAUAUUAAAACAUAAAUGUUGUGGUGCAAACAAGUUAUUAAAUAUACUAAUAAUGAACAGUAUCUUGUAGGUCUCAGGAAUGAACCAUUAGCCUUAAACAAUUGGCAAUAAAAUUAUCAAAAUGACUACAUUUCAACGAUGUUGAAGGAGUAGCCAAGAGGCUUUAACUCCUCUUGUAAUUUAAUUAUUUCUAGGUUUAGUUUCACAUUUUCGAGUUCUAGCUUUUUUCGUUCACUUUUUAUUUUUAAGAUCUCC